GCUGGUGCUCUGGAGAGCAUCUGCUGUGCUUUUGCCAAGUAGUUGCAGCGUCUCUAUUAGAUUCAACUUUGACAAAGAAAGCAAGAACAGGGGAAACAAUGGCGAAUGCCCAUCGCGCCAACGUCCUGGUGACCUCCUGUUUGAAAACGCCGGUAGACCCACAUACCAAGGCUCCGUUGGCGUUGUAUGAAAGGCAGCGAACCCUUCCAUAUACGUCAGUAGCUGGUCAUAUUGACAAUCGAGACUACGAAAAAGAGCUGCAGUAUGACGACUCGAGGUCUGACUACGGUGAUGGGGAUGCCCCCGGGAAGGGCAGAUCCCUGAUGAUCAAAGACUACCGAGUGACGGGGGACCACAUCGACCUGCGUGAGUUCUACUUCUCCAACGAGGAGUACUAUCGUAAGCUGGAGGAGCUGAAGAGGGCCCACCUCCGCACCAUGGCCGAGCUAGAGGGCAUGUACCACAAGAAGCUGGAGCCCAAAGGUGCACCACCCUCGGAACACGUGCAGGGGGCACAGGCACACAGAUCGUACUCGAAGAUCAGCCCCAUGCCCGUGAGGCGUCUGAGGAAGGCCCACUCGGCUCUGGAGCUGAGGAGGGGCUCUGGGCUAUCGGACACAUCUGAUGAGGAAGGUGCUGUAGUCAACAACGUGGAGAAGGGUCUGCAGUCCUCCCCCAAAGAGCACAUCAAGAACAUGUGGCAUGACUUCAAGCUGUCGCCUCGCCAGCGCCACCCGUCCACAUCCUCCCUCCAGAGCCUCAUUGGGGGCCACAAGAAAGGCAUCAAGGGUAAGGACCAGAAGCAAGGGUGCAAAGAUGUCAAACACGAGCCUUGGAAACCCAGAGUGACCGUCCCCAAGCCAUUUCACAUGACGCUGCGGGAGAACCAGAAGGGCCAGAAAGGUGUGAAGACACGGUCAGAGAUCGAGCUGGAGAACGCGGCCUUGCGGAAGCAGCUGGAGGAGCUGACAGAGUGCCAGCACAAAUUCCGUGCAAGCUCCGUGCCCGUCCACGUCCGCCUGCCCCCAUACGAGGAGCUCCACGAACGCAACGAGGCGCGGCGGGCCAUGCACGAGCGGGAGCAGCAGCGUCUGUGCUCCACCCAGCAGCUCUUCAGUUUCCUGGAGCGUGAACGUCUCAAGAGGGAGCAGAGAGAGGAGCAGCUCCGCAACCUCCAGCAAAUCAGCCAGGAGAGAGUCCGACCAUUCAGGGCCAAGCCCGUGCCCAAGGCCGUGUAUGAGGCGGCUACGGGCGAGCAACUGAAGGAGGAGCAGCUGUACCGUGCCAUCAAGAUGCAGAUGAGGGCCCAGGAGCUGCUCCACAGCGCCUCCAUGCCACCCAGCAUGCUGGCACGCCACCUUAGCAAAAGGGAGCAUGCUAAGGAUGGAGCCCGGGGGGACACCGCUGGAUCCGAGGAUGACAACAGGGCCCCUUACAGGCCUAAGAUAAACCCGGUGGUGCCUGACUUCGACGCCAGCUACAGGAGGUUCAAGAAGCAGCUGGAGAGCCGGCGCGACGUGAAGCCUUUGACGACGUGCGAGCCGUUCCAGCUCCGGACGUCACAGAUCCCCUCGCACCGCGAACGCAUCCUGGCCGAGAUCGAGAAGGAGCAGAUGAGUCCCCGGGCCAAGCGCUGGCCUUACAUCAGCACAGCUGGGCUCGUCCACUCACACAACUCUAGCCUCUGCUCCUCCCUCUCAGGCAGUCUGGAACAGUUGCCUGCCAAAGUCACCGAUGCCAGCAAAAAACGCCAAGAGGCUGUAAGAAAGGUGCUUGAGCAGAGAAAGAAGGCAGAGGAAGAGGAGGAGAGAUGGAGUGAGAGACAGAAGCAGAGAGAGAAGAAGCUUGCAAAGGUGGUCUCGAAGUGUGCCCAAGCCAAUGAUGCCCACGUGCCCCUCUCCCAGACCAACCAGUCCAAGCUCAAGCAGUUCAGAAAGCAGGACUUUCAGCGGAGGAAGGAGUACCAGGAGGAGAUGAAGGAAAUCCAGGAGAGAGUGAAGGGGAGGCCUCUGCUGUUGGAGCAGGUUGCACAGAUGAAUGCCAAACACGCUGCAGAGAAGCGCUACACAGACACCCUGCGAGGCUGUGGAGUGAGUGAGGACUUUGUCAGUGGCAAGGUGCCCAAGUCCCAGCAGCCAGGUGGCCAAGAAUCUGCAUGCUGGACCACCUCCUCCAGUGACCCAAAACAAAGUGAAAAGGACGAGACAGAUACACUGGCUAUUUACAACACGGUCUUCCAGGAUGAAUACCCAGACGAUUAUGAAGACAGCUUUGCUGACCAAAAACGGGAAGGAGAGCAGGAGGCUGAGAAAGAUGAAUUAAAGUCCAAAAAAGAAGAUGAGGAUGAAGGCCAUGACGAACCAUGGUGGGGGAGGGCGGAUAUUGGGCAUUAUUCAGAUGAUUGCGAUUACUCAGAUCCCGAUGACCAUUACUCAGAUGCCAGUGAGCAUUACCUGCUCCCGGACGAUGAAAAUAAUAAAGGGAGUGACAUCCUCAAAAGGCCCGAGAGUACCCAGAGCAGCCCAAGCCAAAGAAGCGGCCAGCACAGCCGAAACAGUCAGAAAUCAGAGAGGGAUAGGAAAACGCAGCAAUUAGCGGAAAAGAAAAGUAAUGAGGAUGACUAAAAAGUAAAAGGAGUGCAUUUUCUGACAGGUAGGCAGGGCUACAUUGAGGCGAAUGUCUACAACACUGACACACAGUGGUCGAGGUGCUUCUAUUAUAAAAAAGGAUAAAUGCAUGGUAGGAUAUCUGUAUACAUACAGUAAUAAUGGGGAAUUUCAUGUUUAUUACAUUAUUUUGUUGUGUGAGACAGACCAGAGUGAAUUGUAGUACUAGGCUAUGGUUAUAAAAAGGAUCACAUUGAACAGUUUAGGGUACUCUUUGUCUUGUGAUAUCCUACUUUGCAGGAAAUACAAUAGGUUGACCACUUACAUUUGGAUGCUUGUGAUACAUUUUCUUUCGACAAUUAUUUGUCUAAUGUUUUGUGACUAAAUAUAUGUGGCCUAACAUUUGCUAUAUAUUUCAGGGUCAUAAUUUUUUUUCAAUCGUUGCGUAUAUACAUCACAUUUGGGAACAUAAAGGUGUUAUGUAUUUCAUGUACAUUAUGGGAUAUUUAUAUUUCUGUACUACACUUAGCAAUAAAAGAAACUUCCUAUCACUGUC